UAUGGACCCUACUUGUUUAGUUAAUUCACGCCAUCUUGUCCGGCUUUAAUCUCCUUUAUAAACUCCAUUCAUUUCCCUCCCUCUUUCUCACUCAUCCUCUUCCAUUUCCUUCUCUCUCUCUCUCAAAAACAAUUAAUGGCUUUCUCCUCACUACCAUUCUUGUUCCUCUUGUUUUGCUUCUUGCUCCCUUCUCUCAUUGCCUCCUCUCCGCCACUAAAAGACCCUGAAUUAGUGGUCCGAGAAGUUCAUAGGCAGUUGAAUGCCUCGAGGAGGAAAUUGGGGUUCCUCUCGUGCAACACAGGGAACCCCAUCGAUGAUUGCUGGCGGUGCGACUCCAAUUGGGAGAAGAACCGCCAGAAGUUGGCGGAUUGUGCAAUUGGGUUCGGUAAAAAUGCCAUUGGGGGCCGAGACGGCAAGAUCUACGUCGUGACGGAGUCUGGCGGGGAUGACCCAGUCAACCCUAGGCCGGGGACGCUCCGUCACGCCGUCAUCCAAGAGGAGCCGUUAUGGAUCAUAUUCGCACGUGACAUGGUGAUCCAAUUGAAGGAGGAGUUGAUCAUGAACUCAUUCAAGACCAUCGAUGGAAGGGGUGCUAGUGUGCACAUUGCUAAUGGGCCAUGCAUCACCAUUCAAGGCGUCACCAACAUCAUUAUACAUGGCAUCCACAUUCAUGACUGCAAGCAAGGUGGGAACGCUAUGGUGCGCGACUCCCCACGGCACUACGGGUGGAGGACCAUAUCGGACGGCGACGGCGUGUCGAUCUUCGGCGGGAGCCACGUGUGGGUAGAUCAUUGCUCUCUGUCCAACUGCCAAGAUGGCUUGAUCGAUGCCAUCCAUGGGUCCACAGCCAUCACCAUAUCAAAUAAUUACAUGACUCACCAUGAUAAAGUCAUGCUUUUAGGGCAUAGCGAUUCAUACACACAAGAUAAAGGCAUGCAGGUCACUAUUGCCUUCAAUCACUUCGGCGAAGGCCUAGUUCAAAGAAUGCCUCGAUGCAGACAUGGGUACUUCCAUGUGGUGAACAAUGACUACACGCAUUGGGAGAUGUAUGCUAUUGGCGGGAGCGCGGAGCCCACAAUUAAUAGCCAAGGCAAUAGAUUUCUUGCACCAAAUGAUAGGUUCAGCAAAGAGGUGACCAAACAUGAGGAUGCUCCGGAAAGUCAAUGGAAAAGUUGGAAUUGGAGAUCGGAAGGGGACUUGAUGUUGAACGGUGCUUAUUUUACACCGUCGGGAGCUGGGGCGUCGUCGAGCUACGCUAAAGCAUCGAGCCUUGGCGCCCGACCCUCGAGCCUAGUCAGCUCCAUUACAUCCGGAGCUGGUAGCCUCAAUUGUCGGAAGGGAUCACAUUGUUAGUUGAAAUGACUAUCAUGACCUUCUAAACAAGGCUAAAUUAUUUCAUUUAAGCCUUGAGUGGAAUUUCUAUAGCUAAGAAACCCCAAAUGAUGUUGAAAUUUGAAAUUUAUGCUCCUGUUUUAGAAUGGCCACCUAAUUGGUCCAAGGAGCACUAGGGUUUCCUUUUUCUCUUUUCUUUUCGAGUUUUUUCUUUUCAAUUUUAAUUUUUGUUUUUUACUUUGGUGGCUCUUUGUUUCCACCAAUUUUCCACUUUUGUUACCUUUUGACUACAACCUCGGCCUGCUAAGAUCCUGAACCAUGGGUAGUGCUGUCAUUUUACACAUGUAAUUUGGUUUUUGAGAAUGCAAGUGCUGCAGAGUUGAUUUA